AUGUCGAGCGCUUCAUCCGCAGUUCCUCAGAGCUCCAGCAAGGCAAUUGUCACCGAUGCGCCAGGAACUACGAUGAAUGAGCCCCAGAGCAGCGACGAGACAGGCCCCGUCAACCUCCCCGCAUCCGCCAUGCACGACGCCGAGACUUCCACUCAAGACGAAGCCCACUCAAGCGACCUCAAGCCCACCGACAUUCCCAAAGACGAAGAAGAAGAGACGCAUGCUCCAGGCGACGCGACCGUCGACGUCGGCCACGCAGGCCAAGCUCAAGGUUCCGCACAAUACUCCAACGAAGCCCGCGUCUACCACGCCAGAUACGCCGAGCUCUCCCAAGCACACGACGAGGGUCGCUACGACUACUGCCGCGAGGGAAGUCUCGAUAUGCUCAUGGAACCGCGCGUGCCACGCUACACCCGCGUGCAGAUCCUCCAGAUGGUCUCCACGCUCCUUUCGCCCGCCGGUGCCAAGAGCUGUCUUCAGGAAGCCAACAGCAUCUUGAUGGACGGAGAUCCCGAGUCGCGCGCCACCCAGCUCUUGUUAGACGACAACCAGAAGAUGUGGAGGGACCUCUACGAGCGGUAUGGCGAGGCUCUCGAAAGCGAUGGAGACGAUGACGAGGAGGCGGGGGAGGCUGAGAUGGCUGACAAUGGCGAGACCGAAGACGAGGUCGAGGGAGCUGGUCAGUAG